CGGGCCCAGUAAAUGUUCGGUAAAUACCCCUGAGUAAAUAAACUCAAGGCUUGUCCAGGGCUCGGCAGCCGGAGCUCCGUGAGCCUUCGAAGCACUUUCCCUGGGUCUGCGCAGAAACCCGGAGCUAUCCUAAGCUGUUCGGCUCAGCCGUCCCAGUCAUCUGUCACCUUUAGAUUUGGGGAUGCAGGGGAAGAGGGAUAGUAUUCAGAAAUUUCCUAAAGGGGAAGUUGCAGUGCAAGCUGGAAGCUUCUUAACUAAAACUGGAGAAACAAGGAAAGCCGCCUACUCUAGCGCCUGGAACAUUGUCGGGGCUUUCAUCUCUUCGCUGGAUGUCGUCUAACAAAUUGCCUGGAUCAUCUGGAUCAAAUAUGAUCUAUUAUCUGGUUGUAGGUGUCACAGUCAGUGCUGGUGGAUAUUAUACUUACAAGACGGUCACAUCAGAGCAAGCCAAACACACGGAACAUAUAACAAAUUUGAAAGAAAAAACCAAAGCAGAGUUACAUCCACUUCAAGGUGAAAUAGAGAAGGUGGCGGGAGCUGAGAAAACAAGUUCAGAAGUGUGUGAAGCAUCUUUCGCGGAAGUUCCGGAGGUAGAUGCGGAAGACAGUCCAGACGCUCCAGUUGCAGCCGUAGAAGAGGCUUCAGCCUAUCCUGGGGAUGCGGAGGCCGCUGCGGUAGAGACCGGCGCGGUCAGUGCUGAAGCUGGGCCAGAGGUGACCGCCGCAGCCCUGGGGGCCACCGCACAAAGCAGCGCUGAAAUGGCCUCAGAGGCUCAGAAUGCAGCUUCGCAUGAAACGGUUGCCGGAAAUGAUGAUAAAGGGACAAUAGAGCAGGAAAGCUCUGGUGAAAGUGCUGAACGAGAAGAAGAAUCCUCCCGUUGAAUCAGAAUCCCCUGCUGGGGAUGAUUUACAGGAGGAAGCCAGUGUGGUUUCCGAUGCCGCCUUGGCUCAAGGCUAAUUUCGCGCUGAUGGACACUUGAGCAAAAAAAUGCCAUCGAGUGUCCGAUAGGUGCUUUUGUAGUUUCAGUCAUCGUAGUUUUAGAAUAGGCUUCUUUGCUAGAAAACUUGAAUGUGCCUUGAAGAGUUUUGGUAUCUACUGAUAGAUUUGGGGAUUGAGAGACUUGAGAUUUUACAUGUCUGAAUAGUUUCUUGCUCUCUCAGAUCAGAAUAUGACAUUGCAGUAAAGAACUUACCGAGUUCCAUCUUUGCAUUUAAGUUUUAUAUCAUAGGAAUUGAGCUAUCUAUACAAUCUGCAUUCACUUUAAUUUUGCUAUACCUGUAUCUUUAUGUUAAUCUAGAUUCUUGAGUUUUGAUUUGAACUCAUUAAAAUAGAAUUGGAAAAUC